CCACCAUAAAACAUCAAAAAGAGGAAGAAAACGGACUUUUAUUUUGGUCUGGUGAAGUGAUGUCAUAAUACUGCGACACGAUCCUGCAUCUGUGAUUCCACUGAAGAAAGGGUCUGGCUGCAGACAUCAGGACGUUUCUCAGAAUGGCAUAUUACCACACAACUCCUACUCUACUGCUUUAUGCUGGGUGUAUUCUGUGAAUGGACAAAGUGUCUAAUAAUGAAAAACUCCUGCUGAAGCGUCAGAGAUCCAUGUAACACAAAAUUAUAAAGAUGGCAUUUAUUAAAGAAGAAAGUGAAGACUUGAAGAUUGAAGAAGCGUUCAGAGUCAAACAUGAAGAUACCGAGACACCAACAGACCUGAUGUCGCUGAAUGAGGAGAGUCAAGAACUGAAUGAAACAGACUACAAAGAUCAGAAUGAGAAACUGCAUGAUUUCAAAACUGAAGAGAAAUCUAUUAGUUGCUCACAGACUAAAAAGACUUCCUCACAAAUUCAAAAAACAGAAACUACAAACCUUAAUCCCAACAGGAGAAUUCACACUGGAGAGAGAACUUACACCUGCCAACAGUGUGGGAAGAGUUUCUCACGCAAUGGAGAUCUUAAGACUCACAUGAAAAUUCACAUUGAAAAGAAACUAUUGAUAUGCCCUCAGUGUGGAAACUGUUUUACAAAGAAAAAAUACCUCACUGUCCACAUGAGAACUCACACCAGAGAGAAGCCAUUCACCUGCCCUCAGUGUGGAAAGGGUUUUACACAGAAAAAAUACCUUGCUGUCCACGUGAAAAUUCACACAAGAGAGAAGCCAUUCACUUGCCCUCAGUGUGGAAACAGUUUUACACAGAAAAAAUACCUCGCUGUCCACAUGAGAAUUCACAACAGAGAGAAGUUCUUCACCUGCCCUCAGUGUGGAAAGAGUUUCACGUUUAAAGGAAGACUAAAGACUCACAUGAGAGUUCACACUGGAGAGAAGCCAUUCACUUGUCCUCAGUGUGGAAAAAGUUUUACACAGAAAAAAUGCCUCGCUGUCCACUUGAAAAUUCACAUCGGAGAGAAGCCAUUCAUCUGCCUUCAGUGUGGGAAGAGUUUCACAUUCAAAGAAAAACUUAAUAUUCACAUGAGAGUUCACACUGGAGAGAAGCCUUUCACCUGCGAUCUGUGUGGAAAGAGUUUUUCAUUAAAUAACGGUCUUAAGGGUCACAUGAAAAUUCACACUGGAGAGAAGCCAUUUGUAUGUGAUCAGUGUGGAAAGAGUUUUACACAGAAAAACUGCCUUAAGGGUCACAUUAGGAGUCACACUGGAGAGAAACCUUUCACCUGCAAACAGUGCGGGAAGAGUUUCUCAUUAAAUAACGGUCUUAAGGUUCACAUGAGAACUCAACACUGGAGAUAAGCCAUUUUUAUGUGAUUAGUGUGGAAGGAGUUUUAUUGAGAACAAACUCCUUAAUGCCCAUAUGGGAAUUCACACUGGAGAGAGUCCUUUCACCUGCGAACUGUGUGGGAAGGGCUUCAGGCCUUAAAAACCACAUGAAGUUUCACUAAAAACUUUGUUGUCAUUAUUGCGAAUAGACAGGAAUCACCUUAAGAAUCAUUCAAAUUCUCAUCUGAAAAAAAAAA